AUGGCAUCACUAAGCGGAAAGGUGUACGCCUUCACGGGCGGCGCAAGUGGCAUUGGCUUAGCGACAGCAAAGAUUAUCGCAAAGCGCGGCGCAACCGUGUGUCUUGCAGAUAUCGAUCCUGAUGCCAUGAAGGCGGCCGAAUCUUACUUCUCGGAGCAGAAGACACCUUUUUCAGUGAACAAGGUUGAUGUCUCCAAAAAGGAAGACGUCGAAGGGUGGAUAACCGGGAUCAUCAAGCAGUUUGGCCGUCUAGACGGAGCGGCCAAUGUGGCGGGUGUCAUAGGCAAGCACCACGGCAUUCGAGCCGUUGCGGACCUCGAAGAUGACGAAUGGCACAAAGUCAUCGCCGUCAACUUGACCGGCUGCAUGUACUCUCUCAGGGCAGAACUCAGGAACAUAGCGGAUGGCGGUUCGAUUGUCAACGUGGCCUCGAUUCACGGCGUCAAAGGUUUCGCCAAACACGGCGCGUACGACGCCAGCAAGCACGGUGUGAUUGGCCUCACCCGAGCAGCGGCCAACGAGAACGGGGCUCGCGAGGUUCGAGUCAACGCCGUAGCCCCCGGCGCCAUCUACACGCCCCUGAUGGAGAAGGCCUGGAAGUUCCACAACCGUCCGUCAGACGCCGCCUUCGACGAGCCAACAGCCUUUCAACGUCAGGGCACCGCCGAGGAGUGCGGAAAUGUCAUCGCAUUCCUACUCGGUCCCGAGAGUUCCUUUGUGAGCGGCAGCGUCUACUCUGUCGACGGAGCGUGGCUCUAA